UGUGGGCACUUUUCUUCAUGAUGUUGAGAUUACUAAUUGAUAAAUUGGUUCUCUCAGGACUCUCAUGCAGAUUUAGUUCCAAGUGUGCUCGAUGCUCUUAAUGAGAUUGCUUUUCACCCUAAGUUUCUUCCAUCCCGUGUUGAGAAGGAGAGGCGAGCUAUUCUUUCAGAAUUGCAAAUGAUGAACACAAUAGAGUAUCGUAUUGAUUGCCAGUUGCUUCAACAUUUGCAUUCAGAAAACAAACUAAGCAAAAGAUUCCCAAUUGGUUUGGAAGAGCAAAUCAAGAAAUGGGACCCAGAGAAAAUCCAAAAGUUUCAUGAGCGAUGGUAUUUUCCUGCAAAUGCUACAUUGUACUUAGUAGGUGAUAUUGAUGACAUCCAGAAGAUAGUCACUCAAAUUGAGUUUGUCUUUGAAGGAACUCUUGCAAAGAAUGAAACAGAAAAUGUUAAUACUCCCAGUAAGUUUGGUGCCAUGGCUAGUUUUCUUGUUCCGAAGCUGCCUGGUGGCCUUGGUGGAGGUCUUUCUAAUGAAAGAUCUUCCAUUUCGUUUGAUCAACCAAUGUUGACAAAAAGAGAGAAGCAGUCCGUCAGGCCUCCUGUGGAACAUCAGUGGUCACUUCCAGGACUAGGUCACAAUGCUAAGCCUCCAGAAAUAUUCCAGCAUGAGUUGGUUCAGAAUUUCUCAUUAAACAUGUUUUGCAAGAUUCCUGUGAACCAAGUUUGCAAAUAUGGAGACCUGCGAGUUGUCUUGAUGAAAAGAAUAUUUUUGACAGCUUUGCACUUCCGUGUCAACACUCGAUAUAAGAGCUCAAAUCCUCCAUUUACAUCAAUUGAGUUGGAUCAUAGUGAUUCAGGAAGGGAGGGAUGCACUGUUACCACUCUUACUGUGACAGCAGAACCUAAAAAUUGGCAGAGUGCUGUAAAAGUUGCUGUUCAAGAGGUUCGAAGACUGAAGGAGUUUGGUGUCACGAAAGGAGAACUAACUCGUUACAUGGAUGCAUUGCUGAAAGAUAGUGAGCAAUUGGCUGCAAUGGUUGACAGUGUUCCUUCUGUUGACAACUUGGAAUUUAUUAUGGAGAGUGAUGCUCUUGGUCAUACUAUAAUGGACCAGAGACUGGGACAUGAGAGUUUGGUUGCGGUUGCUGAAACAGUUACACUUGAAGAAGUUAACUCCAUAGGUGCAGAAGUGUUGCAGUUCAUUUCAGACUUUGGUAAACCUACUGCACCACUUCCUGCAGCUAUUGUUGCAUGUGUUCCCACCAAAGUACAUAUUGAUGGGGUGGGAGAAUCAGAAUUUAAAAUCCAUCCUCAUGAAAUCAAUGAUGCUAUAAUAGCAGGUUUGAGGGAACCCAUACAUGCUGAACCUGAGCUUGAUGUACCAAAAGAGCUAAUAAGUGAGUCGUUGCUGAAGGAGUUGAGAGUGCAAAAAAGCCCAUCUUUUGUUCCCAUCUUAAAGGAUGGGAAUUUGACUAAGAUAUUUGACAAUGAAACUGGCAUAACUCAGUGCCGUCUUUCAAAUGGGAUUCCUGUAAACUACAAGAUUACAAAAAAUGAAGCUAGGUGUGGUGUCAUGCGCCUCAUCGUGCGUGGUGGAAGAGCAGCUGAAACAUCUGAAUCAAAAGGAGCUGUUGUCGUAGGUGUUCGAACUUUAAGUGAAGGUGGAUGUGUUGGUAACUUUUCUAGGGAACAGGUAGAACUUUUCUGUGUUAAUCACUUAAUCAAUUGCUCGCUAGAGUCCACCGAGGAGUUCACUGCAAUGGAAUUCCGUUUUACUUUGAGAGAUGAUGGAAUGCGUGCAGCUUUCCAACUUCUUCAUAUGGUACUUGAGCACAGUGUUUGGUUAGAAGAUGCAUUUGAUAGAGCAAAGCAGUUGUAUUUAUCCUAUUAUCGUUCAAUCCCCAAAAGCUUGGAACGUUCAACUGCUUGCAAACUUAUGCUUGGAAUGCUAAAUGCCGAUGAGAGAUUUGUUGAGCCAAGUCCAGAGUCGUUAGAAAAUUUGACACUUCAAUCAGUUAAAGAUGCUGUUAUGAAUCAGUUUGUUGCAGAUAAUAUGGAGGUUAGUAUCGUUGGAGAUUUCACCAAGGAAGACAUUGAAGUCUGCAUUCUUGAUUAUCUGGGUACAGUCAGUUCAACAAGCUCCAAAACUAAGCAGGAUAUUGAACCAAUUACUUUCCGUCCUUUCCCAUCUGACCUGCAUUUCCAACAAGUACACUUGAAAGACACUGACGAGAGGGCAUGUGCAUAUAUUGCAGGCCCAGCCCCAAGCCGUUGGGGAUUCAAUGCUGAAGGAAAAGACCUUUUCAAAUUGAUAAAUCCAUCAAGUGUGAAUGGAGAAAUGCCCAAGACAAAUGAAUCAAUUCUCCUGGAAGAGGAAGCCAUUGAAAAGAAUGUUGAACAAGGUCUUCGAAGUCAUCCCCUAUUCUUCAGCAUUGCCUUGGGCCUGCUAGCUGAGGUUAUAAAUUCCAGGCUUUUCACAACAGUAAGGGAUUCUCUUGGGCUAACAUAUGAUGUAUCAUUUGAGUUAAGCCUUUUCGAUUGGCUGAAUCUUGGAUGGUAUGUUAUAUCAGUUACCUCUACUCCAAGCAAGGUAUAUAAAGCUGUGGAUGCCUGCAAAACUGUUCUCAGAGGUUUACACAGUAACAAGAUAUCCCAGAGGGAGUUGGAUCGGGCGAAGAGGACUCUUUUGAUGAGACAUGAGGCUGAAACUAAAUCAAAUGCUUACUGGUUGGGAUUAAUGGCCCACCUUCAAUCUCCAUCUAUUCCAAGGAAGGAUAUAUCAUGUAUCAAAGACUUAACUUCAUUGUAUGAGCAUGCAACUAUCGAGGACAUAUAUGUUGCGUAUGAGCAUUUGAAAGUAGAUGACACUUCCUUAUUUUGCUGUGUUGGAGUUGCGGGAACUAAUGCAGGUGGUGAUGAUAUGCUCGACAUUGGCCAAGAAGAGUCAGAUGCUGGCCAUCAUGGAAUGAUGCCUACUGGGCGCGGUUUGUCAACAAUGACACGACCAACAACCUAGCCUUUGUUGGAUUGUAUUCACCUGAAAUCUUAGUUAGUUUUCUAUUCUACAGAUUACAGAUUGAUCGAUGAGAGUCCUGUGACCUUCAGGCCAUAGCGUUGCGACCACAAACAUCAUCGUUUGACAAUGACAUGGCCAUGGAGAUUAAUCUCAUUGAAUUAAAAAGGGCUUCAUUUUUCAAUAAUUCUUUUGUAAAUCUGUAUGAGAAAAUAAAUCCAAUAUGCAUCUAUUACUGCUGCCUGCUUCUAGUUCAUUAUAUCUACAGGGAGCAUGGGUGUACUGAUAGUUUUUUGUAUCAAGUAUUUGCAUUAUUUUUUAAAACAAAAUUAGUACAGCAA